GGCGAUGGGGAUGAGGAUGGAGGAGGAGGAGACCGCGGUUAUCGAGGUGAUGGGGGCCGUGGGGGUGAUGGGGGCCGUGGGGGUGAUGGAGGAGACCAGGGCGAAGGGGAAGACGGCGGGGGCGGCGGGGGCAGCCCGCGUCCCCGACCGGGACGGAGACUUCAAGUUGUACUUGAAACGUCACGACAUCGCCGAGAUUUACGAGGCGUUGCUGACCGCACUUUGCGUGCUCUGCCCUGAAAAUCCCCUGGAAUUUCUCUUAAACAAAAUGAGAGAAAUACAAGAAUUUGGGCUACACACCUUGGAUUGGGAGAUGUUCAUUGACGAGAGUCUGAGGCCGAAGCUGAAGAGGGUGACCGCUGGAUACAUGACGUUCAUAUUCAGGUUCGACGACGACGCGCCUGCUCCCCACCAGUUUGAGAAGGCAUACUCCUUCCUGCGCAGGAAACUACAACGGGAAUAUUUCAUACGGUGGGCCAUGUACGGGGCCCGGCGGCGCGCCCGCAGGGAGCAGCUUACGCGGGCCCUGCAUCGAGCAUGCGACCAUUACAUGCGGAAAACGUUGGGUGCUGCCCUUCUCAGCUGGUCUCAGUGGCUACACGCACGCCAGGAGCGCAUGGCCGGAGCUGCUCUUCGGAUUCAACGGGUAUACCAGCAACUUCUCUGCAGUCUGGUCCUCAAAGCCUGGCACACUGUUGCCUUGGAUGCUCGCAAAACCAAGGAAUACUUUGAGCGGCUGGAAAGGGGUGAUCUGGAGGAGGACAACGACAGCUACUUGGUUCCACCACCUAACACCGCUGACCAAGUCUCCCAGCUCCCUCCUCGGGCAGCUCUGAAGAUUUUCAGCUACUUGGACAUAAUGAACCUAGUGAAAUGUGCCGGUGUAUGCCGCUCCUGGAAGGUCAUUUCCCAAGCCAGCAUCCUGUGGAGCCGGAUGGAUUUGUUCCCAGCACGAGGCCGCAUCGAUGACAAUGUUGUCUCUCGCCUCUUGCGCCGUUGUCGUCCGUUCCUGCUGCACCUCAGCCUCAGGGGCUGCACCACAAUUGGGCCACCUGCCUUCCGUGCCGUCAGCGAGUGCAAGAACCUGCAAGAUUUGAAUCUCUCAGAAUGCAUGGGUUUGACGGAUCAAAUGGUGGCCAUCGUGGCAGAAGGAUGCCGCUCCUUGCUCUACCUCAACCUGGCCUACACUAAUAUAGGUGACGGCUCUCUCCGCGCCCUGGCCAGAUUCUGUCUCCCGCUGCAGUACUUGAGCCUGGCCUACUGCUGCAAGUUUACAGACAAAGGGUUGCGUUACCUGGCCACUCGCACCGGCUGCCGUCGUUUGCUGUACCUCGACCUCUCCGGAUGCACGCAGACAUCAGUGGACGCGUUUCAGUCCAUCGCAACAAAUUGCCAUGGACUCCUCUCGCUGGUUCUUAACGACAUCCCCACGCUAACAGACGGAUGUCUGCUGCCGCUGAUUGAAGUGAACCGCGGCUUGCAGAGCCUGAGUCUGCUGGGCUCUCCGCACAUAUCCGACGCAACGUUCAAGGCUGUGGCGAAGUGCUGCAAACUUGCGAGCCUUCAGACCGAAGGUAACGAGCAGAUGUCAGACGACGCGGUUCGAGCUGUCUGCCAGGGCUGCGCGGGGCUCGGCAGCCUCCAGGUCGUGGGCUGUUCCAGUCUCACGGACGGUGCGCUCAAGGCCGUGUCUGCCCUGCGGCAACUUCGCCUGCUCAACGUCUCCGACUGCGCCAAGUUGACCGAUGCGGGGCUGAGGCACCUGACCGAGGGAGCGGCAGCCGCCCACCUCCACGAGCUCAACCUGAGCAACUGCGUGCGAGUGAGCGACCUCACCCUGACGAGGCUGAUCCCCAAGUGUCAGAGCAUGACUCACCUGAGCCUGCGCUACUGCGAUCAACUCACGGACGCUGGGCUAGAGCUGCUGGGGAACAUGCCGGCUCUCGUCGCGCUUGACUUGGCGGGCACCAACAUCCAGGAUCAGGGCCUUGCAGCUAUUGGGACCAACAGCAGACUCAAGGAGCUCUGCAUAUCGCAGUGCGUCGCCAUUUCAGACCUUGGCUUGCAGAAGUUCUGCCAGCGCGUGCGGGACCUGGAGCGGCUGGACGUGUCGCACUGCCGGCUGCUCUCCGACCUCGGGGUCAAGAACCUCGUGUUUUGCUGUCGCCGUCUCACCUACCUCAAUCUGUCUGGCUGCGCACAGCUGACGGACGUGAGUGCGCAGUAUCUGUCGGGGGUCUGUCGUUACCUGCGCAUCGCGGACCUCUCCGGCUGCGUCAAGCUGGGAGACUUGGCCACUCGCUACUUGAGGAAAGGCUGCCGGCAGCUCGCACACCUCAAUAUGCUGUACUGCCCCAGGGUCAGCAGGCAUGCUGUGUUGAAGCUGGGAGCCCGGCUCGAGAGCUGGCAGCAUACUUCCGAGUCUCCGCCACCCUGGUUUGGUUACGAUUCCAGUGGCGCCUACCUGGAGCCAGUUACUGCUGUGGCCAACGAAGAACGAGGAGUUCCUGAUCCACAGCCAGAUGGCAUUCUUAGUGCAGCGUAACCUUAAUGAGUCACCCGUUCCGAUGGUGGUGUGACACGGAGUGCCCCCGACUCAACUGGAAGGUAGCGAGGUCGUGAACUCGGCUCAUAAAUCCUCUGAGACAGGUUUAUAAAACAAGUACCACUUUGCAUGAAGCCAACACGGCUGUUAAGCGAAGGAGAGACUGAUUCCUGUCAUAGGAAAGAGGAAUUUCCACAACUGCUGGAGCUGAAAAAUUUGAGACCUUUUGGACCAGUUUUGAAUAUCUUAUAGCUUGCACACAAGUAUUGUUUUACACGAGUUACUCGUAUUAACAUUGUACAUUUCUACAUGUGCGGGCAAAAAGUCUUACCUUUGUCAUCCUUCUUUGCGAUGUUUGAUCCAAGUGCAAAUAUUAAAUUCUUUGGAUACCGAUCUGCCAAGAAAAAGUUUAUAUUUUA